AUGGUGAAAUCAGGGCGAACGCCGUUGAAUAUGUUAGCAACUGUCAGUACUGCUACUUGUAUUCUUUCUACCACAGGUUUUCUAAUGUGGAACGCUGGAGAUAUUACCAUUGAGGCUGCCUUCGUGCCAACUGCAAUGUUUUCGUCUGGCUGGCAGCAUUGCAGGGGUGAUACAUCGAAAAGAGUCAGAACAUUACUUACAUUAGCAAUGUCCGAGGGACAGCUUUCUCUUUACUAUAUUAAACAAUUAAGUACUUUAGAAGAGCAUUUGCAGUUAGAUGCAAAG